AGCCGGAGCCUCCGUGUAUCCAAGCUGCUGCCUUGCUGUGUACGAAGCUUACCUGAAGCCAUGUCCAGAAGGAAAGUCAACUAAACCAGGGAUUUGCAGGCGCGUGGCAAUGCAAGACCAGUAAUGGAGGUAGAGUCCACCACGUACUCCGACUUCAUCUCCUGUGACCGGGCUGGUCGGAGGAACGCCGUCCACGAUAUCCAGGGAGAUGCGACCGCUAUCAGCAUGCGCAAGCUGACAGGGGACAUCAGUGACCUUUCCAUCGAGGGAGCAGAAAGCCAACCAGAUGCCUCUUCUCCUGAGAAGGACCCUGGAGCAAGACCAAAGGGACAAGACAACAGUCCCUCCCCCUGAGAGCCUGCAGGGGUGGGAUGGGGCAGGAGGAGGGACAUGCUGUAAACCUUGAGCAAGAAUUUACUAUUGAACCUGCAGAAGAAAACUACCAUGGAACAACACGUUCUCUGUCAGAGGCCUCUGCUGCAACUAUUGGCCUCAGAGAGCUGCAGGAUGCUGCACAAGGAGUGGCACCUCCAAGAGACUUCUGCUCCUCUUCYUAACAACUUAGAACAACAGUGGUUGUAGUGGUAUGAGCCAUUCUCAAGAUGCCUUAGCUGCAACUUUCCUCUAUAGGAAAACACAAUUUUAGUAAUAAUAUACACAGACUUUCCUGUCCAAGGUACCUUCUUAUUUCAUAGACUUAGACAUUAUUUAUGCUUUGUUUCCAUAGAUUAGGAGCUUAGAUUUGGGGUUUUUCUAAGUAUCACCCUUAUUUUGCAUCUUAGAUCUGAACUGGCCUGUCUGCAUUGCCCCUAGUCACAGUGGGCAGCAGGGAAGGGACCCGGUCAUGUUCAUGUCAAGCACCACUCACCUGUGUUGCUGCCACUUAGCAAUCAGAAAAGGACCAAAGUGCAGGUGUGGGGAUGAGCUCCACAUCCAGACCCAGCAGCAUCAGCCACACAGGCAUCUUUUUCUUUAGGUUUUAGCAUUUUAAGAUAUUGUUAAAGGGAAGGGAAGAAAAAAAAUGCUGUUUUGACUGUUGCAGUUGAGGUUUAUCCAUGCAAGCUGCUAGCUGAGAAGUGUUUAUCUACAGAAAGAUCUCACCCCAUUUUCUUUUUGGAGACAUGUUUUGUGUUAAAGAUGGUUUGAUAAAACUAUAUAUGCUGUUGGAAUAAAUAACACAGCCUUCAA